GUGGGGGGGAAAAACUGAGUGCUCCCUAUGCCGGGGGAAUGAGAGGAUGGAGUUACAGACUGCGCUCCUGCUCUGGGGAAUUCUGUCCCAAGUUGACGGCUCCCGUCUACGUCAGGAGGACUUCGCCCCGCGUAUCGCCGAGCACCCGUCUGACCUGAUAGUGUCUAAGGGGGAGCCGGCCACCCUGAACUGUAAGGCUGAGGGCCGGCCCAGCCCCACGGUGGAGUGGUACAAGGACGGGGAGCGCGUGGAGACGGACAAGGACGACGCUCGCUCUCACCGAAUGCUGCUGCCCAGCGGCUCCCUCUUCUUCCUGCGCAUCGUCCACGGCCGCCGCAGCAAGCCUGACGAGGGCGUGUACGUGUGUGUGGCUCGUAACUACCUGGGGGAGGCCGUCAGCCACAACGCCUCGCUGGAGGUGGCAACUCGCUCUCACGUCCCGUCGCCCGUGGCCUACCCAGGUGUUGGCGCCUGGGACAGGGGUCAGGAGAGGUUUAUAGAAAGGCUAACUAAAAGAAACGGGAGUCAGCCGGCCAUGAAAUUGCUGCCAGCAAUCGCCUAA